AUGUCCGAAUCAUUCAAUCUCCCUCUUCGCCCUCUGAUCGAGAAGCGCGACCGCCCCGAUUCGCUUCCGGUCGACAUCGCUCAGAUCAAUUCCCAAUGGGGUGCCUUCCGCGAUGUCAACGAGACCGCCCUGCGCGAGAAGAUCGAAGCCGACAAGAACAAAGACCCUUGGUCCGACGAGGAUGACGCCGACAAAGCGGCCGACGACUUGGAUACGACCGAGCGCAAGGAUCAAUUGAUCAAGCGACGCGCGGAGAUCACGAAUUUUGCCAUGCAAGCUCAUAUGGAAACGAUGUUCGCUCUCGAUUUUGUCUCGCUCCUCCUCUCGAAACAUACCCCUCGCCAGGCCGAAACGUCCAUGUCCCAGUUCUUGAAGCAGGUUGCACCGCUGGGGUCGCUGAAUAGCGAGGUCGUCGAACCUCCGCCGAAACCCGACUCGGUGCUGAAGGAUACAAAGACCGUGGCGCGUGGCUGGCGCAUGCAGAACUUCAACUCUGCGGCUAACAAGCUGCUCGACUGCUCGUCGCGAUUGGAUUCUGAGGUCGCCUCGGAGACCAAGUAUUGGAAUGAAGUUUUGGCGGUGAAAGCCAAGGGUUGGAAGGUGUGCCGAUUGCCUCGCGAGAGACAGGCUCUGGGUGUGCAGUAUGGGUUUAUGGAAUCUACUCCGAUCUUCCGCGAUCGCGCCCUUGCAGCUCUGCGUCGUCUCGACGAUGGUAGUCUAAUCCUGGAUAAAGGCCUGGUGCCGAGCAAGGCGAAAGCAGUGCGGGUUCGCGUGAGAAGCCAUGGUAAAUUGACUGGCUGCUCGAAACUACCCAAGCCGGCAUUCAACGAGGAUACAAUCGAAGGGCGGAUUCUCCAGGCGCGGGAUACACUCUACGAGGAGGAACUUUUCCACGAGUUGUUCCGCGAGGCUCGGAUAUUAGGAGGCCAGGGAGUGACUACGCGGCGAAACCUGAUCCAGAUCCCCGUCUCUGAAGAGCAGGAGGUUCUCCUGGAUCUUGUUGAUACCGACCAGGAACCACUCCCGGACGAGGAGGAAAUUUCUUCCACCGAACACGACGUGAUUGCCGAUGCGCUGGGCCAUUCUACCAGGAUUCUUCUUUCUUACGCCCACCGACAGAACCUACGGCGGAGAACGCAGCCUCCACCGCCGCUGACUCCUAAACGCCGACAUACCCCGGAAUACAGCCUCCUGCGCCCCAUCAUGGCAUACCUCCAGCACAACUCCCAUGUCCGCUGGCUGGAAUCACACAUGAAGGACAUCCAUCAGAUCCUGCAGUCGGCUGAUCUCGGCAGCGAAUUCACGGCGAGCCCCUUCUCGUCAGUCGGUCGCUUGUCUCCGGACGUCUCCAUCCCCAAGGUCGAAUCUUUGGUCCACACGUUUCUCAUGCCGUUCGAGUCCACGUUCACCGGCAAGUUUGUUACCGCGCAGAGCACAUUCCGAGUGCGCAUUCGCACCAACGUGGUGUCGCCGCCGCUCGGCACACACUACGAGAUCUCGGUCACUCUGCCGCAGUUCCCCGAAGUCCAGCCCCCAAGCCGCAUUGGAAUCCGGGACGAGGCGGCGCGCGUGCUGACCCAUUUCACCAUGCUGGACCUUCUCACAGCCAUCUCCCAGAACUCCAUCCCUGAGUCCCCGCAGGCUGACACGUCAAGUCAUCUCAACUGGCAGGUGGCCAAUCCGCACCACGGCGAGCUGUUGGCUCUUUCAAAGGCCGGGCAAAGCCGGAAGAUGAAACUGAGCUUGUCGCGGGAGGGACUGACCGCCGAGACAUACUCUGUCCUAGGCGGCGACCGGUUCAAACGAAUCGUGGAUAAUUCUCCCACGCUGCAGUCGCAGACCUGGAGCUCCAACGCUGCGUCUGCCAAGCAGCCGAGCUUGAUGGAGUUCGUCGCAGACGUGUCCAAGCCGUAGUCUACACUCCUAGUGCGUUUUAUUAGCUUAAGAUACCCUUAGCAUGUUCAUCACCAUUGAUCUAUCCCUGGAGUC